ACAGCACGACCAGCGUUUCUUUCCUUUCCCUCAGUCGCGCCGGUUGGACUGUAGCAUCAACUGUUCGUUGUGGCCAUGGCGCUGUUCAAGUCCAGCAAGAUCGUCUCCGCUGUCGGGGCUUUCUCCCCGUCUCUGGGGGUCUUCCCUAUCCGGGCAAGCUCCUGGUGGACUGAGGUGAAGAUGGGACCCCCAGACCCUAUUCUCGGGGUGACGGAGGCGUUCAAGCGCGACACCAACCCCAAGAAGAUGAACCUGGGAGUGGGGGCGUACCGCGACGACGCCGGGAAGCCCUUCGUGCUCAACUGCGUCCGCAAGGCCGAGGCCCUGAUCGCCUCUAAGCAGCUGGAUAAGGAGUACCUUGGCAUCGGGGGGCUGGGGGAGUUCAGUAACUCCUGUGCUGAGCUGGCCCUGGGGUCCAACAGCGAGGUGCUCAACAGCAAACGGAGCAUUACAGUCCAGACCAUAUCAGGCACUGGAUCGCUCCGGAUUGGAGCCAACUUCCUGUCUCGUUUCCACACAGGGGUGAAGGAUGUGUAUCUGCCCAAGCCGUCCUGGGGGAACCACACCCCCAUCUUCCGUGACGCGGGCAUGCAGCUCAAGUCCUACCGCUACUAUGACCCUGGCACCUGCGGCUUCGACUUCGCCGGGGCCCUCGACGACAUCUCGAAAAUCCCGGAGCACAGUGUGAUCUUGAUGCACGCGUGUGCCCACAACCCCACCGGAGUCGACCCUCGGCCCGAGCAGUGGAAGGAGAUUUCAGAAGUCAUCAAGAAGAGGAAGCUGCUGGUGUUCUUUGACAUGGCCUAUCAGGGCUUUGCCAGUGGGGACAUUGACCGGGACGCCUGGGCCGUCAGGCACUUCAUCGAGCAGGGACACAACAUCCUGCUCUCCCAGUCUUUCGCUAAGAACAUGGGCCUCUAUGGUGAGCGUGUGGGAGGGUUCACAGUGGUGUGUGCAGAUGCAGAAGAGGCUAAGAGGGUGGAGUCUCAGCUGAAGAUUCUGAUUCGUCCGAUUUACUCAAACCCGCCCAUGAAUGGAGCACGCAUCGCCUCUACCAUCCUCACCACACCGGAGCUACGGUCAAUCUGGCUGGGCGAGGUCAAGGCCAUGGCAGACCGCAUCAUUAAGAUGAGGGAGAUGCUGGUGACCAACCUGAAGAGCGAGGGAUCCUCACAGAACUGGCAGCACGUCACGGACCAGAUCGGCAUGUUCUGCUUCACCGGACUUAAACCUGAACAGGUGGAGCGCCUUUCAAAGGAGUUUUCAGUUUACAUGACCAAAGACGGCCGUAUCUCUGUUGCCGGGGUGACCUCGGGGAACGUGGGAUACCUGGCGCACGGUAUCCACCAGGUCACCAAGUAGAGCAAAGCAUGCUGGGAGGGAAAGUCCAGCCAGAGCCACACACACAUCAUCAUUUACUGUUUCUGUUUUCACGCCUUCAACCUUGCAUACAGCAGCCCUCUAAUGGUUACUGGCUUACCUUUGACCUGGAAGUGCUCAGCAAUGUGUGACCUCAUGACCUGUUCAGUCACACUUCCAGUUGCAAUCUGAAGAGCAUAAAAUAACAUCCUUUUAAACUUCUCUCUUUCUGUACAGUGUGUGUGUGUGUGUGUGUGUGUGUGAAAAGAUUAUGUGUAUUCUGUAAUUCUGCCCUCCUGCUAUAUUGUUUUCAUCAGGACAUGAUUUCCUGCUGUUAUGAAGGGUUACGCUGCAUCCUGUAUGUUUUUGAUCAGGGGAAUACACACACACACACACACACACACACACACACACACACACACACACACUAUGGCUUCAGAAAGGAUGAUGCUCCUAACACAUACCAGUACUGUAUGCGCACAAACAAACACCUUCAGAGAAAUUGUGUGUGUGCUGAGAAGUGGUGCUGAGGGCCUCUACUCUUCGUCUCGGGCCCCAGGAGCUGCUGGUGCUGGUGCUGGGUCUGGUGUCCUGGGUCACCGCACUUUCCAUUUGGCACUUAGAAGAUGAUUUCGUUUCCUUUCUUUGUGGCUCGGGUGGUCUUUAAAUGGAGGGCACACCUGAACCAUGCUGCUCACACACACAGAUCAGUGUACGACGAGGUUAAUGACUUCAAUACAAGUGCUUGUAUGUGUUUGUGAAUGAAUGAGUUCAUGUGUUGUUUUGAAGCAAACACAAACUCACAGACGGAACUGUUUGUUGUCUCAUCAGUUAUCAAUAAAAGGCGCUCUGGUA